AUGGCCCGCCCGCCGCCCGUCGCCCACCACCGGCCGCCCGCCGCCCGCCGCCCGCCAACCAACGGCGCCUCCCGUGCCACGCCCUCGGCGCAGGCCCCGCCCCCGGCCCCGCAACGGACAGCUGCUGGCCCCGCCCACGAGCCGCCCCGCCCAGGGGAGGCUUCGGCCCCGCCCUCAGGCCGCGCCCCACGCAUGCGCCCACGGCACGCGCUAGCUCCUCCUUCCGGGCUGGCCCAGGCGGGAGGACCGGCUCCGCGUUGCCGGCACUGCGCAAGCUCCGCCCCCGGCCUGGAGCCGCUGGCACCAGCCAAUGGUGUCCCGGCCCGUUUCCGGUUGCCAGACCUCGCCCCACCCCGGCUCGGCUUCCGGGGAGGCCCGGGCCGGCAGCGGAAGUACCUCUGUCGGGGCGGGCGGCGCCCUCUGUUGCUCCACGGCUGCGGAGGGGACCGGGCGGCGGACGCUGGACGCCGGACAGCCGCGAGCGCCGCCCGGCCGGUUGGGCGUGAGACCGCAGCCGCGUCCUUCCUCCCGCCCCCACCACUCGUGGGGUUCGGGGCUCGUAGCGCACUCCACAGGCUCAGCCCGGAGGGACAGCGACGGUCGCCGCCCCGGCCGACAGCGGGGCAGCGCCCCGCAGCCUCCCCGGAAGUCCCCGUGGACCUGCUGAGGACUGGCUGCGGCCGCGCGUGUUCGUGGCCGCCUGUCGGGGUCCGUUCUCAGAACGCACUGAGUCAGUCUGCUGGUUACGGGCACCACGCCCCGCAGCACCCUCUUCGCGCCAUGCCCCCCACGCGGCGCGUCCCCUCUCGCUCACCCCAGCGGAGCUGA